AAUAGGCUGUGGAAGGCAGAGUUGUCCCUGUGGCCGCCAUUAAAGAAAGGAAUCCAUGAAUUCAAAUGGAAACCAACAGGAACCGAGGCUGAAAUAAUGAUCGAAAUAAUCGUUAAAAUAUAGGCCGGUGCCAGAUUUCGAGAGGUCGCUACAGGAUGUACUUCGUUUUCAGGCUAAAAUUUGCGAUGGAGGAGUAAGACAGGACGUUUUUAUUUUUUUAAGCGGAGACCGUUUUAGGGCUAAGGGGGAGGGGGAGAGUUGCUUCUUUGCUCUCCUUUUCUUUUUGUUUUAUGAACAUUUUUCGCUUCCCUCAAUUUGUUUUUACUGUGAGCUUUUGAGAUGUCGACAUAAAGACCGCACGGUCGCUUUUAUCCGCUUUUAGCUCCGGCGGGGGGAACUGCAAUCGGAAGGUUGUUGAAUUAAACUAUCCAAGCCAAAUGUUACACAAAAUAUUUCUCGUUGAUUAAGCCUGCACAUCCUAGAAAACAGCAAUUCGAAUAUUGUUCUUUAUUUCCCGGGAAGUGAAACGAUGGAGAGUUGGACCUCGCAGUGAAGAAGGAUGAGUUCUUGUUUUGUACCAAACGGGGCCAGCUUGGAGGAUUGCCAUUCCAAUCUAUUCUGUCUGGCUGACUUGACAGGGAUCAAAUGGAAGAGGUUUGUGUGGCAGGGUCCCACCUCUGCGCCCAUCCUCUUCCCGGUGACGGAGGAGGACCCCAUCCUAUGCAGCUUCAGUCGCUGCCUGAAGGCCGACGUGCUGAGCGUGUGGCGGCGCAGCCAGCGGCAGGGCCGGAGGGAGCUUUGGCUCUUCUGGUGGGGGGACAGCCCCAACUUCGCUGAUCUCAUCCAUCACGAACUCGCAGCCGAGGACGACGGGCUGUGGGAGAAUGGCCUUUCCUACGAGUGUCGCACUCUGCUGUUUAAAGCCAUUCACAACUUGCUGGAACGCUGCCUCAUGAAUCGCAGCUUCGUUCGCAUCGGCAAGUGGUUUGUCAAGCCCUACGAGAAGGAUGAGAAGCCCAUCAACAAGAGCGAGCACCUGUCCUGCGCCUUCACCUUCUUCUUGCACGGCGAGAGCAACGUGUGCACCAGUGUGGAGAUCAACCAGCACCAGCCCGUCUACCAUCUAACGGAGGAGCACCUCACUCUGGCUCAGCAGGCGUCCAGCCCCUUCCAAGUCAUCCUGAGUCCAUUUGGCCUGAAUGGGACGCUGACUGGCCAGUCCUUCAAGAUGUCAGACCCACCUACGCAGAAGCUAAUUGAGGAGUGGAACCAGUUCUAUCCCAUUAGUCCCAGUGCCAAGGAAAGUCUGUCGGAGGACAAGGCGGAGGACAUGGACUGGGAGGACGACUCUCUUGCCUCUGUGGAGGUUCUCGUCGGUGGUGUGCGUAUGGUGUACCCAGCAUGUCUGGUGCUGGUACCCCAGUCAGACAUCCCUGUUGUGGCCCCUGUGGGGUCUUCCCACUGCACUGCCGUCUACUCGGGUGGCCACCAAGUGCCUGCUUCCCAGCGAGAGCCCGCCAUGUCUUUGGUGACCCUCACCCCUCCCACAUCACCCGAGGAGGCGCAGACAGUGGACUCCCACUCGGCCCAGAAGUGGGUUAAGAUGCCUUCAUCAUCUGACGCUUUCAGCGUGGACAGAACAAGUCACCACGGAGGGAAGAUUCCACGGCGGUUAGCCAGUCAGGUGGUGGAGCAUGUCUGGCAAGAGUGCAAUAUCAACCGAGCUCAGAACAAGCGGAAAUUUUCAGCUGCAACCAACGGUACCUGUGAGGAGGAGCCGAUCGAGAAAGCAGGAGCCUGGGAUUUUGUGGAACCUUCACAGAGGCCGUACUGCAACUGUUCAAGAUACAAGUCGGUGAAGCAACGUCCAGGCAGCACUCCGGGCCAAGCUCAGUCAGCAGGUCAGCCUUCGCAGCCUCCUACCAAGCACAAAACCGGAGGAGAGAAGCCAGAGAAAGGCGAAAAGCAGCAGAAAAGACCCCAAACUCCCUUCCACCACCGCAGCCUGACCAGCGAAGAGGCCGCGUCCAUAGAGAGCGACGCGGCGGCGGCGGGCCAGAGGCUGGCCAUGCGGGGCCAGGACGGCGGAAGGUUCUCUAGUAUUCGCUCGACGGACGUGUCCGCCAUCCAAAAAGCGCCGCAGCUCCACGGCGGGGGGGUCAACGCCGGGCCGUCGGAGCAGGCCAACUCCCCCCAACCCCCACCGCUUAGCCCCCACCUCUGUGAGCGUGGCGAGGAGUCAGGAGAGGGCAUGAAGAACCCUUCAACCCCCAACAGCCAACACUUCUACCAGCCGCCCCCCGAACCGUGUCUGGCGAAGGGCGGUGGCGAGGAGCCCGGCGGGCCAGAGGGCCUGAAUCAGCACUUCCACUCCCAUCACCCGCAUCCCGGAACCUCCGCCUACUCCGAACCUCCCGAGCCCACUGUGUACGUGGGUGCAGCUAUCAACCUGGAGGACGACAGCUCCCACGCGCCGUGGAGGUUAUUCAACUUACCCCGCAGGAAAGAAGCAGAGCUGCCGACGCCGCUGCUGCCGGGCGACAAGCUGAGGGACGAGGCCUCGGCGUCGCAGGACAACCUGGUGUCAAUCACAGAGGUGAUGUCCACAGCUAAAUGGCCGUUGAAGGUGUCGGAGGAGCGCGUUCAGAUGUACCGAGCCAGGAGGAACCAGUACCUGGCUGCGGCCGUGACCGACGGCGACCACGAGCCCGAGGCGGAUCCCUACGCCUUCGAGGAAGGAGAUGUCAAGUUCACGUUCUCCAAUAAGAAGGAUAAAGCAGGCGGGGAGCGUGAGCCAGGCAAGAAACACAAGGGUGAAGACGGAGCAGCGGGUCAGUCAGAUGAUGCUCAACGCGCAGCUGCUCACAACCGCAUGGCCUCCACCAGCCUGAUCCACGAGACAGACCUGGCGGUGUCCAUCAACGACCUGGACAACCUCUUCAACUCGGAUGAGGAUGAUCUGGCGCCUGGAUCCAGACGACCGAUGAAUGGGACCGAUGACAAAUUUGGCAACAAGGAACCAAAGCCAUCCACUCUGGACCCCGUAUCCUGCAUUAGCUCAGCAGACCUGCACCAGAUGUUUCCCACGCCUCCCUCCCUAGAGCAGCACAUCAUGGGCUACUCUCCCAUGAACAUGUGCAGCAAGGAGUACGGCAGCAUGGAGCCCAGCACCGGCAUGACCACGCUGGACGGCACCUCGUCUCUGGGAGGCCACUUUAAGAUCGAGGUGGAGGAGAGUUUCUGCAGCCCCAAGCCAUCUGAGAUCAAGGACUAUUCUUUUGUUUACAAGCCAGAGCUGUGCCAGCCGUUCGUAGGCUGCUCCAUGUUCGCCCCUCUUAAGGCGCUGCCCAGCCAGUGUCUCCCGCCCAUCAAAGUACCAGAGGACUGCAUCUAUCGAUCAAGCUGGACCAUGGGCCGAGAGAUUCUCAACCCCGUGCCUGUGAUGACCUUCUUCAACAAGGACAGCAACAUCCCCAGCGUGGGCAGCGCCAUGGACCAGGACUACAGCCAGACCUACACCCCUCAGACCCACACGCCCAUCAUGUCGAACAGCGCCCCACCGAGCAACAGCGGCGCGGGCAUCCUCCCCUCGCCCGCCACCCCGCGCUUCUCCGCCCCCACGCCGCGCACGCCGCGCACCCCGCGCACGCCCCGCGGCCCCUCCAGCGUCCAGGGCUCGCUCAAGUACGAGAACUCGGACCUCUACUCACCAGCGUCCACCCCCUCCACCUGCCGGCCGCUCAACUCGGUCGAGCCGGCCACGGUGCCCUCGAUCCCCGAGGCCCACAGCCUCUACGUCACCCUCAUCCUCUCCGAGUCGGUCAUGAACCUCUUCAAGGACUGCAACUUCGACAGCUGCUGCAUCUGCGUGUGCAACAUGAACAUAAAAGGGGCCGACGUGGGCGUGUACCUGAGCGACCCCGUCGGCGAGGCGCAGGAGCUCUGCACCUGCGGCUUCAGCGCCGUGGUCAACCGGCGCUACGGGAACGGCUCGGGCCUCUUCCUGGAGGACGAGCUGGACAUCAUCGGCCGGGGCUCGGACGUCAGCAGGGAGGCGGAGAAGCGCUUCGAGGAGCUGCGGCUCUCGUCGCUGGAGAGAACGAGCGUCGGGAGGGGGGACCGCAUCCCGGACGAGCUGAUUCUGCUCCUGCAGGACCAGUGCACCAACCCCUUUUCGCCCAUUUCGGUCCUGGACCAUGACAUUGUGACGCGGGGGCCGAGCGGGGUCCGCGUGCCCGCCUGUGUGAGGGUGGAGGAGAGGGACUACCACAGCGACUGCUACAUGGCCUUGGAGCACGGCAGACAGUUCAUGGACAACAUGUCGGGUGGCAAGGUGGACGAGGCGCUGGUCAAGAGCACCUGUCUGCACCACUGGGCCAAACAAAAUGCAGUGGACGUGAGCGCGCUGUGUUCUCAGGACGUGCUGCGGGUGCUGAUGUCCCUCCAACCCGUACUACAGGACGCCAUCCAGAAGAAGAGGACGGUGCGGUCGUGGGGCGUUCAGGGUCCCCUCACCUGGCAGCAGUUCCACAAGAUGGCUGGACGGGGCUCUUACGGCACAGACGAGUCCCCGGAGCCUCUGCCCAUUCCCACGUUCCUGGUGGGCUACGAGUAUGAUUUCGUGGUCCUGUCCCCGUUCGGUCUGCCAUACUGGGAGAAACUGCUGCUGGAUCCCUUUGGCUCCCAGCGCGACGUUGGCUACCUGGUUGUUUGUCCCGACAAUGAGGCCUUGCUUAGUGGCGCCAAGAGCUUCUUCAGAGACCUCACUGCUGUUUACGAGUCAUGUCGACUGGGGCAGCACCGGCCCAUUUCCAAAGGCUACCCUGAUGGCAUAGUCCUCGUCGGUGGCAGCGGAGCCAAGAAUCUUGUGGAUCAGCCGGUCAGCGAUUGGUUCCUCAAGGCCGCCAGCGGCAACAGCGACGCCUUCACCAAGCUCAAACUCUAUGCACAAGUGUGUCGCCACAACCUCGCUCCAUACCUCGCAUCGCAGCCAUUAGACAGCUCCCUCCUCACGCAGCCCAGUCCCGCGCCCUCGUCCAACCAGUCGUCGUCCGCGCAACUGUCGGGCUCCGGCGCCGUCGGCCAGCAGGGCUCGGCGAACGCCGCCGGCUCCUCCGUUCCCAACAACAACAACAACAGCAGCAGCAGCAACAGUGGGUCCGGAAACGGCUCUGCAUCGUCCAACAGCCUUCUGACGUCGUCGGGCCAGCCUGGCGGCACAAUACAGUCUGCCAAGCCAAACGCUUUCCCCGCAUUCGGGAGCAUGGGCAGCCAGGGCCAGGGAGGCGGCCCCCAGAGUGGACAGCUGGGACAGCAGGCUGGUACCCAGAAUACUGCCACCUCAGGGGACAACUCCAGCAGCCAGGCGCAGGGGCCCGCAGAGCCUCCUGAAAGCACUUUGGAACGAGAGAAGGUCGGCGUGCCCACCGACGGCGAGUCCCACGCCAUCACGUACCCACCCGCCAUCGUUGUUUACAUUGUGGACCCCUUCAGCUACGAGGACGUUGACGACGGUCCCGGGCCGGUGCCGGCUCACUCCAGCGUGUGGACGCUGGGUUUACUACGCUGCUACCUUGAGAUGCUUCAGUUCCUGCCCCCGCACAUCCGCAACUCUAUUUCUGUACAGAUUGUCCCGUGCCAGUACCUGCUGCAGCCAGUGCGAGGCGAAGACCGCCACGUCUACGCCCAGCACCUCAAAUCCCUGGCGUUCUCCGUCUUCGCCCAGUGCCGACGGCCGCUCCCCACCUCCACCAACGUCAAGUCGCUGACGGGCUUCGGCCCGGGCUUGGCCAUCGACACCGCUCUGAAGAGCCCGGAGAGACCGGAGUGUCUGCGUCUGUACACACCUCCGUUCAUCCUGGCACCCGUGAAGGACAAGCAGACGGAGCUCGGGGAGACAUUUGGAGAGGCGUCGCAGAAAUACAACGUGCUGUUCGUGGGAUACUGUUUGUCCCACGACCAGCGGUGGCUUCUGGCCACCUGCACUGACCUGUACGGGGAACUCCUGGAGACCUGCAUCAUCAACAUCGACGUGCCCAACAGGCCGCGGAGGAAAAAGGGCUCGGUUCGGCGGCUCGGCCUGCAGAAGCUGUGGGAUUGGUGCUUGGGACUCGUGCAGAUGACAUCGGUUCCCUGGAGGGUGGUGAUUGGCCGACUGGGCAGGAUAGGACACGGAGAGUUAAAAGACUGGAGCAUUCUGCUGAGCAGGAGAAACCUCCAGUCGCUCAGUCGGCGUCUGAAGGAAAUGUGUCGAAUGUGCGGCAUCUCCGCCUCCGACACCCCCAGCAUCCUCAGCGUGUGCUUGGUUGCCAUGGAGCCGCAGGGAUCCUUUAUCAUCAUGCCAGACUCCGUGUCGACGGGCUCGGUGUUCGGCCGCAGCACCACCUUGAACAUGCAGACGUCCCAGCUCAGCACCCCGCAGGACACCUCCUGCACCCACAUCCUGGUCUUCCCCACCUCCGCCUUCGUCCAAGUCGCCAGCUCCAAUUACACCAACAUUGACCCCAACAUCGACAUCCUCAACGCCAAUGGGUCCGAUGCUAUUGGGAUCUUUGACCUGCUGGACCAAGAGAACGAGUUAGUGGACCCAGACAUCAUCAACAUCUCACCCACCACUUCUCCAGUCCACUCCCCUGGCUCUCAUUACCACCACGGAGGCGAUGGCAGUAAGGGCCAGAGCACAGAUCGGAUGGAGUCUCACGAAGAAGUCCCCAACCUCCUGCAGCAGCCCCUGGCACUUGGCUACUUUGUCUCCACGGCCAAAGCCGGCCCUCUACCCGACUGGUUCUGGUCAGCCUGUCCGCAGGCUCAGAACCAGUGUCCACUCUUCCUCAAGGCCUCUUUGCACCUCCAUGUGUCUUCAGUGCAAUCAGAUGAACUACUGCACAGCAAACACUCCCAUCCCCUUGACUCCAAUCAGACCUCAGAUGUACUCAGAUAUGUGCUGGAGCAGUACAACGCCCUCUCCUGGCUGACGUGUGACCCGGCUACGCAGGACAGACGAUCAUGUCUACCUAUUCACUUUGUGGUGCUCAACCAGAUGUACAACUUCAUCAUGAACAUGUUGUAGCCAACGGCCCCGUUACAGGAGGGGAUGCGGGGGAAACAUUUCAGAGAAGAGGAAAGUCCGAAGCGCGUUUCGUCUAGAACUACAGAGCUGGAUCCUGCACGGAGAUGGAGUUAUAGGGCUGUUCAAAGCCUCGUCGGUCCCGCCCCAACCCCCCACCUCCCCCUGCCCCUCCAUGGCUGUUACUUGUUGAGACUGUCCUGUCCCUGUGAUUUAAAGACAUAAACAUAGAGACAAUGGAAUAAAAUAAGGGGGGAAAACUGAAGUUGACUCGCAAUUAAUGAACGUGAGAGACUGACAGAUUGGCUGUCAUGGUAUGUAGCGUGGCAGCGCAGUCACUGGCCAGUCUGUAUCGGAGAGAAUUCUAUCUGUAAAGUUAUUGGAAGAAAAGGGACAUAUUUGAUCAAGGAAAAAAGAAACUAAAGAAUGGCUCUUUGGUUUUAAAACAUGAAAUUCAUUUUUAUUCCUUUGGAUGAAAUAGUAUCCAAAUGAAAUGCCUGCAUCUAUCUUAUUUAUUGUAAGUUUUUAAAUGUAUAAUUUGUCUUAUUUCUUAACCUUUUAUAUAUAAAAAAUGGAGAAGGUUUAUAUCACCUUCCUGCUUUAAAGCAAUUGGUCUGAGAUAUAUGUAAUCGUCUUAAUUAAUAAAACAACCAGGAAAAAUCCCAUAAAAAUUAAAUAAAGUCCCAGUAGGUCGCUUUUAGAGUAUUAUUUUUUGUAAUGGAGACAGAAUAUUUGUAUUGUCACAAUGUACAGAAGAAUUGGAGUGGAGAAUUAUGUUUCAUGCCUUUGAGCAUGAAGGACUUACAGCAAAGCUGUAGCUACAGAGGUCUUGUACAGCAAUGAACUUCACUGUGUUCAAAUAAAGAGGUACAUUGUUGUAUAUAGUAUUUUAUACCACACAUUUAGACACAAAAACCAAACGGCAAUAUAUAUAUAAAUAAUUAUAUAUGAAGGCCAUGCCAGCAGUUGGUGGUGUGGCUUCUGUUUUAGGAAUAAAGUGCGUCAACUUA